AAUCCUUUAUAAUGUAAUAAUUAUAUUUUUUCUCUCUUAAAUAUCCAAUAAAUCAGGUUUUGUAUUUAUACACUUUAUAAUUGUCUGUCUUUGUCGGUCUCGACCAGUCUCUGUUUUAAUGUUAAUCUGUUUUUAAAUGUCUCUAACUAAUUACCCAUAGGCAAUAAGUACCGUAUCCACACAUCUAUUUCAUCAUUAUUAAAUUACUUUUUUGAUAAUAAAUACACAAUUGGUAGCUAAGAGUUAUUAGCUUAAAUCAUAUUAACUUGACAAAUGAGGCAGUUUGUCAGCAGCCUAUGGUAAUAAUGUUUAACUUAUGGUAAUUUGUCUUUAACUUGUUUCUAAUGAUACUGCCCAAUUUUGUCUACGGUGUUUUACUGUUUUUUUUUAUUAGUGAAAAUUUUGAAGAAUUACUAGACCUAAAUGUUUAUAUUUGCUUCUACUUUAUGAACUAUGGCAAUCUGUAAAAUAAAAUAUUCAAAUUGUAUUGAAUUCUUGGCCAUGUUUUCAGUGUAAAUUUUCCUUCAGAAUUUGCACGCACUAUGGGCUUUACCCUGAAGCCAUUGAAAGUAAGCGAUAUUUAUGAAGAUUUGUGUAGGGGCAAUUGAUUUUUCUCGCUGCGGAACAGUCCGUCCCUGUGAUUUCAACUUUGGCCACUCUUGUUGACUAGCUGCUUCUGUGUUGUUAAUUUUCUCUCCUGAUCCUUUAUAGGGCUACUUGUUGGCGUGUUAUUCUCGGAAUCUAUGCAGAUACAAGAUUAGUCGCAAGUUUGUAUGAUGUGGCAUAAGAAGAAUUGCAUAGCUUUGUAUGAUAUAGAUAGUUUAAUUGAAAGCGAUUUUCGUCAUAAAAUGUAAUAAUACGGAUUUUUAUUUUGUGUGUAGUAUAAAUAAACGUGUUAUCUAAAUGAUAACAUGAACCAUUGACUGCAUAAUGGGUUUGAUCUGUGUUUGAAAUGUUGGAAGUUAUUUAAAUUUCUUAUACAUCAAACAAUGCAAACUGGAUCGUGGAUGUAACAUGGGGCACGGACCUUGGAGUCCGAGUUUGGAAUCUAAGUCCUCUAUGACCGAUGUUACUACCAUAAAAAUGGCUGCUAUGUAUAAAAAGUUCAAGAAAAUGGUCAUCCCUCGACGUAGAAGGAAACCUGUUGUCAGCUUUUUUAUAUAGUAUAUUGAAUUAAAGAUGGAUCGCAGGUACAGUAUCCAGCCUUUAAUCCGGAAAGACAGUAAGGAAGAAGAGGAAAAAAAAAAUUCUUUGUAUGAUUAUGGUAGGCGAGGCAGUGUUUUUCCGAAUUUCGGCAAAACAAGAAGCUGGGUAAAACGAACAAAUUUAGCGCCCGAUCACUGUCGACCUUUUCCUGAAACUCGAAGUUCUUGGGAUGAAAGCAUGAGAAGACGUGAUUCUGAUACCGGUUUACGUGGAAUAGUUUUAAGAAAAGGUUUUUCAGACGAUUCAAAAAAUUACUCACUAUUUCAUUCCGAAUGCAGACGUUCUUCAAAAGUAGAUUCGACGUAUUUUUCUGCUGGCAAACGUUUGUGUAAAUGGGAAACUGUUAAUCUAUUAGGAAUAAAAGAACUGUCUACUAAAGAAACAGACGAUUCGCUCAACGUCAUGAAUCCACACGAUAACAUACACAGUGAAAUUGACGCAAAAGUUGAAAGUGAAGAAAAUGCUGACCAUGGGGAACCUUUAUUUGCUUGCACUUCAAUUCAAAAAUAUACUAAUCCUAGUAAUCUAGAGAAGGUUAACGAAGCUGAAGAGCGUUCAGAUUCUAAUCUAAGCUUGCGUGAUUCUAAUGAUUGCAGAAAUAUUGAAUUAUUAACAGAGCAAGAUGAAUACAACGAAAACAGAGUAUAUAGGACAAACCUUUCUCUAGGACAGGUUUCAGACUUCGGAAAUAACCACGAUAACCUAAAGUUUUGUAAUGAAUUACCUUAUCAAUAUAAAGACGAUUUGAUUACUGAAAAAUGUGAAAUUAGUUUAAAUCAAAGACGACCUUCCAUUAUACCUACUCUGAACAUUACUAAAGAGCAAAGCAAUUUUGAGAAAUUCCUAGAUAUUAUAAAUAAUCAAAAGUCAUCGAUAGAAAUCGUUGCUAAUGAUUCAUCAUGUAUAUCGCGCACUAAGUCCUGCGAAAUUUUAAAAAAGCCAGACAAUGAGGCCAUGAGCAUUUGGGAACGACGAAAAAGAGCAGCAGGAGAGUUUAGCCGAGGAACUAGGCCAAUUGUUCUAAAUAUAGAAUCAAUUGAUGAUUCUUUCUUUUGGUCAAGAUCUGUCUCUAACACACUAGUAGAGAUUUCUAAUCUUGGCAGUACUUAUAUCUGUAAGGAUGACAUGCAUCUUGGAAAUGCGCAUAAAAAUACUAUUGUUUCAAGUAGUUUAAGUACUAACACCAGUGCCAUAGGCAAUGAAAAGCCUGGAAAUAGUGGUGGAUGCAAGCUAAGAAAACCCACAAAUCUGUGGGGUGUAACAAGAAGAAUUUCUGUGAAAAGGAAAAAGGUUUUGGAAAAGAAAAUAGAAGAGACUGAGACUAAAGAAAAUGAAAGCUUCGAUGUUGAGAAUGGACCAAGCAUUCAAAGCCGAUCUCCAUUGGAUGGCGGCAGCCCUUCGUCAGCACUUGUACUUCAGAAUCUUCCACAACGCCGUGAAUCGUUUCUUUACCGUUCAGAUAGUGAUUAUGAAUUGUCUCCUAAAUCAAUGUCAAGACAUUCAUCGAUGCAGAGUGAGGCAACCCAGCACGCUGAAGACUUAAUUGUGACACCUUUUGCUCAAAUUCUUGCCAGCCUUGUGAGGGCAAAUUACAUAAAUUUAACAAAUGUUCCGAACAAAGAAAGACCACGCCGUGGAUCAUCCGAAAGACAUCCGCAUGGACUUUUAAAUUCACAAAACUUGAUUUCGCCACAGCAACUCUCUCCAGGAUCGAAUAAAGCUUCAGAAGAUACGUACAUGAAACUUGCAAUAGAGACUCUUGGACUGGAUUGGUGUAUGGAACAAUUGGAAACCAUUCAAACUCAUCGAUCAGUUAGUGAUAUGGCGUCUAGUAAGUUUAAAAGAAUGCUGAACAGAGAACUAAGUCACUUUGCUGAGUCAAGCAAAUCAGGAAAUCAGAUUGCUGAAUACAUCUGUAGUACUUAUUUAGAUAAGCAACAAGAACUAGAUAUACCAUCUUUAAAAGUGGAACAUAUUGAUCACGGAAUAAAGGCUACAGAUAAAACACGGCCAAUGUGUUCAGAUAUCAGGCCUUCGAAAACUCGCCACGCAAACAGUUUCACGGGAAUGAUACCUGCUCACGGAGUUGAAACACCAUACAAAGACGAUCUUUCAAAAGUUCUCAACCAAAUUAAUAAGUGGGGUGUAGAUAUUUUUAAAAUCAACGAAUACUCAAACAACAGACCUCUUACUUGUGUAACUUACACAAUAUUUCAGGAACGUGAACUGUUAAAGACAUUUAAAAUAUCAUCACAUACUUUUGUAACGUAUAUGAUGCACGUUGAAGAUCAUUAUCAUCGAGAUACACCUUAUCACAAUGCUAUCCAUGCUGCUGACGUUACACAAUCGACACAUGUUCUACUUUCAGCAACAGCCCUUGAGAAUGUUUUUACAGAUCUUGAAAUUUUAGCAGCAAUAUUUUCGUGUGCAAUUCAUGAUGUUGAUCACCCUGGUCUGACUAAUCAGUAUCUUGUAAAUACUAGUUCAGAACUUGCGCUUAUGUACAACGAUGAGUCUGUUCUUGAAAAUCACCAUUUAGCUGUAGCUUUUAAGCUAUUACAAGAAGAAAACUGUGAUAUUCUUGCAAACUUAAGCAACAAACAAAGACAAUCAUUUCGUAAAAUGGUCAUUGAUAUGGUUUUGGCUACAGAUAUGUCAAAACACAUGACUCUCUUAGCUGAUUUAAAGACAAUGGUUGAAACUAAGAAAGUUGCUGGAUCGGGAGUUUUAUUAUUAGACAACUACCAGGAUAGAAUUCAAGUACUGCAAAAUAUGGUGCACUGUUCUGACCUCAGCAAUCCUACGAAACCAUUAGAAAUAUAUAAAACAUGGGUGGAUAGAGUAAUGGCUGAAUUCUUUCGCCAAGGAGAUAUGGAACGACAAAUGGGUCUUGAUAUAAGUCCAAUGUGUGACAGACAAAUAGCUACUGUGGAAAAAUCACAAGUGGGAUUUAUUGAUUAUAUUGUUCAUCCUUUGUGGGAGACUUGGGCAGACCUUGUUUAUCCUGAUGCACAAGAAAUCAUUGAAACACUAGAAGACAAUAGAGAUUGGUAUCAUGCAACUAUUCCUAUUUCUCCAUCUUCAAGUUUCUGUAGUAAAAUAGAAGAGGGCGACAAAUUCCGUUACAGCGUAGAAGAAGAAGGUGAAACGCAGAGCCAAAGUAGCGCUGAAAGCGAACAGUCCGUUAUUCGAGUACAAGCAGAUUCUCCCAUUAUUUUAAAAAAAAAUUUGUUUGAACAAUCCCACACAACUACGAAUAUUGAUUCUAUGAAUGUGCCGCCUCUUUCAACAUCAUCCUCUUCAGACCAAAAUCUCAGUUAAAAAACUAUGGAGGUACUAACAUAUUUAAUCAUGAGUGGUGAAAAAUACACUGUCAAUGAUAUUAUAUAUUAUAUUUGUAAUUUGAAAUCUUGCAAAUUCUUACUGUGAUAUAUAAUAUAUAUAUAUAUAUAUAUAUAUAUAUAUAUAUAUAUAUAUAUAUAUAUAUAUAUAUAUAUACGUUUAUAAGGUAUUGUUAUAAUUGUAAAUGACAAAAUAUAACUUUAAAAAUUAUCAGCUUUUAUCUCGCUAAUAAGUCGUGAUUUUCCAAUAAAACCUUUUGUAGACACAAAUACAAUUUUACGAAAUGUUUAAUUUUUGUUUCCUUAAUAAUUGUAUUUUAACUACUAAUUUUGUUUUUAAAUAAAUUAUUUCUGUCCUAUUAACUUUGAAGUUAUGACUACUAAUAAGUAACAACGACUAAAACUUUUUCAAUAACCCCAAAAAUAAAUUACUAAUGCAAUCCAAUCAAACAAUUAAUAAAACUUCAACCGCCUUAGAACUAAAUUACGCUGUUAAGUACUGAAACAAUAGAUCUCAUUAGCUUAUAAAUAAUGAUUGUUACUUAACACUGUAAUGUAAUCAUAGAAAAUAAACACAUAAAGACUGACAUAAA